ACAAAAAAAAUGUCCGUUUUAGAGCGAAAUUGCGUUCUAUUAUUUGAUGAAAUAUCAAUUAAGACCGACCUAACAUACAAUAGAGUUAGAGAUGUUAUUGACGGGUUUGUGGAUUAUGGGGAAGGCCAUCGUGAAAUGAAAUUAGGUAGUAAGUGUUGUUUUUUCAUGAUAAAAGGGUUGAGUUCCAAUUGGAAAUAUGUGUUUUCAUAUUAUAUUUCCAAAAAUGGACUUCCUACAUUCAAAUUAAAAGAAAUUUUGAAUAAGAACAUCACAGCACUAAAGUCAAUUGGUCUAAACGUAAAAGCUUUAGUCUGUGAUCAAGGGCCCUCUAAUAUUGCAGUUAUGAAUUCUUUAGCUAUUUCUGAAGAAAACCCUUUUUAUUUGCACGAAGAUUCCAAGAUAUAUUGUUUAUAUGACUAUUGCCAUCUUAUUAAGUCCGUCCGAAACACAUUUAUGAAAUAUGAUAUUUCAACCCCAGAUGGAAUAGCCAGCUUUAAAGUUAUAAAAAAACUUUACUCGAUCGAUCAGGACAAUACAUGUUUCAAGAUAUGUCCAAAACUCACAGAGGCCCACGUAUAUCCUAGUUGUUUCGAAAAAAUGUCCGUAAAACGUGCAACCCAAGUUCUGAGCAAUUCGGUUGCGGCUGGCAUAGAAAUGACCGAUAGCCAAAAUUUAUUCGGCUCCGACGAAUAUGUAUUAAAAUGUGCAAAGCCUACGCAGCUAUUUGUUAAAAAAAUGAAUGAUCUAUUCGAUGAUCUAGACUGCAAGAAUUUUGUUUCAAAAAAUCCCUUAAAAUGUCCGCUAUUGAAAAACGACUCCGGGAAGGUCCAAUGCCUCUUUGAUUAUAUUAAGUAUUUGAAAUCAUUAAAACUUCCGAACAUGGCUUACAGUAAGUGUAUAGGUGGGUUCUGUUCCACAAUUGUUGGAAUGAUUCAGUUGAGCCAAGAAUUAUUCAGGGAACAAAAGGAAUUAAGUUUUAUAUUGCUUGGGAAACUGAAUCAAGACGCGUUGGAAAAUUUUUUUUAUAGGGUCCGGGCUAGCCAGGGUAUCAAUACCCAUCCGUCUGCCAAUGAGAUACAGUAUAUAGAAGCUCGUUUAAUUUCGAUGAAAAGUUUGAGGCAAAAUUUUCAAGAUAAGGGGGCUAAUUGUGAGGAUGAUGACGAUAUAAAUUUAGACUGGAACUUAGGCCCCGAAGAUCGUCAUCUCGAAGUAGAGGGAGUCGAACAUGAAUCUGAGCAACUCGACCUGGAAUCGUUUAUUAUUCCAGACGAAAACUUUGUUGAAGAGGACGACACAGCUGACGUCCAGAUCAAGCGGUAUUAUACAGGCUAUGGUAUUUACCAGAAAAUUUUGUGUAAAAUUUAUUGCAAAAAAUGCGCUAUGGCAAUGACGAAGACACAAAGUGAUUUAUCGCUUUAUUCGGAGGCCCUAAUCAAAGCGAAAAAUUAUAAGGAUGACGCGGAUUUAAGGCUAGUCAAUCCAAGUGAUAGGGUCUUCGAAGUGUGUCGACUGCAGAUGAUGUGGUACGUCAACCUUUUCAACAAAUAUGCUUAUUGUUCAAAUGUUCGUAGUCUGAUGUUGUCCGCAAUUAAAGAAAAAACGGAAAAUGUUUUUCCUGAGUGGUUUGACCCAACCGAUGAGUGUUUUACUCAUAAAAUUAAGUUGUUAGAAUACUUGGUAACGGUACUGUUAUUCAAAAACUCGAAAUGGUUAGUAAAAGAAGAAAUUAGUAAUGAACGACAUCGGAAGCGCGAUGCUAAACUAAAAAAACUUAAGUAAGUUGCAAGUCAAGACCGUUUGAUUUAAGAACAUCUUACUUUUGGGUUUUUUUUAUUUUCAGCUUUUUCUUCUAUUUUCAGGUUUAUCUUGUUGUAUUUUCAGGUACUUUUUUCUUCUUAUUUUUCUCUUUUUUCAGCUUUGCAACUGAGCUAAGCUUUUUUAAACACAAAUGUUGUUUCCAUCUUGUUUAAGUGCAACAUUUGUUUUUAAAAAAGCAAGUGAAAUUCAAUGACUUUUUUUAUAUAUUAAGUCGUGUGAGAAAUUUCCAUUUCAAAUGGAUAAUUUCGUAAU